AUGAUCCACACUGCCCGCAGAGCUGGCGGCCCGAAGCUCCAACGUACCCUUUUUCGCCUAACCCUGGCGAGAGGGGGUGACGAGGCCAGGAAGGCCGACACGAGGCAGUCCGGCGCGGAAGAGGAGAGCGCAGGAGAUCGCGGUAAGACGCCGACUCCAUUUGCCAUCCAGAGAAUGGACCACCUGGUGAUGACGGUGAAGAAUCUUGAAGACACGAUAGCUUUUUACUCCAAAGUCCUGGGCACGGAAGUCAUGACUUUCAAGGGAAACCGGAAAGCUCUGAGUUUUGGCAAUCAGAAGUUUAACCUCCAUGAGGCCGGGAAAGAGUUUGAACCCAAAGCUCACAAUCCAGUUCCCGGUUCUAUAGACGUUUGCCUGAUCACAGAAACUCCUCUGGAUGUGGUGAUGGAACACCUAAAGGCCUGCGAUGUUCCUGUUGAAGAAGGCCCUGUGUCCAGAACUGGUGCUGUGGGGCAAAUCCUGUCUGUCUAUUUCCGGGACCCCGACGGUAACCUCAUUGAGGUUUCCAACUACACCGCAGAGGCCAACUCUUGA